AUGUCAAGAUUUAGACCAUGGAAUAGGACUUUUGACAAAAUUAUAGAGAACCCAAAAUAUAUAAUCAACAAGAAUCCUAUAGGUGAUGGUACUUAUUCAGUUGUAUUUAGAUGCCAGAAUAAACUAAAUGAAAAACAUUAUGCUGCAAAGAAAUACAAUAAACGAUUAGUCUUUGGGCUUGAAGAAAUGUUAACUAGUGAAUUUGAAAUAUUGAAACAACUAUCAAAGAAACAUCCACAUAUUCUAUCAUUAAUGGAUUACUUUGAAACAGAAGAUAGCUAUUAUCUAGUGACUGACUUAGCAGAUGGAGGUGAUUUAUUUAAUAAAAUUUUAUCAAAUGACUGGAAACUAGAAGAAUCAAUAGCAAGUGAAAUUACUUUACAAUUAGUUAAAGCUGUACAGUGCUUACAUGCAAAUAAUUUAAUUCCUAGAGACAUUAAAGCUGAGAAUGUAUUUUUUCAAAAUAAACACACUCAUAAUAUACUACUUGGUGAUUUUGGAUUAGCUCGGUUAUUGAAAAAUGGUGAAAAAUUAUAUGAUGUAUCUGGAACUCUAAGUUAUAUGGCUCCAGAAAUGUUUGAUAGAAGUGUAGGUUAUGACUUUCCAGUUGAUAUUUGGGCAAUUGGAGUUGUUGUCUAUUUUAUGUUAAGUGGAUAUAUGCCAUUUGAUUGGGAAACUGAUGAUGAAACAAAAGAAGCUAUUAAAGAAGCUAAAUAUUUAUUUGAACCAGUUGAAUAUUGA